UGAGUGUAGCAUCAUCAAACCUUCUCCUUCCUCAAAAACCUCAACCCAACAUGACGAAUUCGUCCCUCGCCUUCCUCUUCCUCUUCCUCUUUUGCAGCACCCUCACUGCUGCACCGUCCCCUGCAGCAGCUCCCCUGCUGCAGGGGACCGCGGCCAGCCCUGCGCCAGCUGGCGCAGGGCCGCCCAACGUGAUCUCCAUCCUCAACAAGGAUGGAAGAUUCACUGUGUUCGCCAAGCUGCUUCAGAGCACUAAAGUCGACGCCAGCCUCGACUCGCAGCUCGUCGACUCCAACAACGGCCUCACGGUCUUCGCCCCGACCGACAUCGCAUUCUCGAAUCUCAAAACCGGGACGCUCAACUCGUUCACCGACGAGCAGAAGAUGGAGCUAGUGCGGUUCCACGUCCUUCCCACCCACAUAUCGGCCUCGCAGUUUGAGACAGUUAGCAACCCGAUUAGCACGCAGGCCGGUGGAAACGCUGACCUGCUGGCGAUGAACGUGACCGCGGUCGGGAGCUCGGUGAACAUCACGACCGGGGAGACGAACACGACCAUGUCGAACGUGAUAUUCGACGACAGCCAGCUGGCGGUGUAUCAGGUGGACAAGGUGCUGCUUCCGAUGAGAUUCUACGUGCCCCUGCCGCCUCCGCCUCCGCCGCCACCUUCGCCGAAGAAGCCGUCGGCGAAGGCGGCGCCGGUGUAUGUUGCGCCGGUGGAGUCUUCUGCUGGAAAAUGGAUGUACAAUUAUGCAAUGGCUGGUUUGGUGUUGGUAGUGGCAGCAUUGACAUGAUGAGUGGAAGAAGAGAGAAGAGAUGGUGUUUUGUUUUACUUUCUUGAAUUUGGAUUGUUGUGAAUUGUGAUUUCUAAUUAAGUGUUGUUGUUAUGUGAUAUGAGUGGUUUGAUUUGGAAGACAUUUUUUACACUAUGGUAUUGAGAAUGUUGUCAUGAGGCAUAUCAAUGAGACUAAUAAAAUCUAUGGUCAACUAA